GCAACGCGCAGAGCCGGCGGAAAUGGGGCUUGUGUCCCGCGGCGUGGCCGCGGCGGGGCUGGGGGUCGCGAGCGCUGUUGUCCCCCUGGGCCCGCCCAACGCGGCCCCCAACCCCAUCCCCACCCCGCCGCCCGAGGGCGCGGCCCCGGAAAGCAGCCGGGUCCCCAGCAUGGUACUGAAGGCCUUCUUCCCCACGUGCUGUGCCUCGGUGGACAGCGGCCUGCUUGUGGGACGAUGGGUCCCAGAGCAGAGCAGUGCUGUGGUCCUGGCUGUGGUGCACUUUCCCUUCAUCCCCAUCCAGGUCAAGGAGUUCCUGGCUCAGGUGCAGCAGGCCAGCCAGGUGGGUGUGUCCGUGCUGGGCACCUGGUGCCACUGCCAGCAGGAGCCCGAGGAGAGCCUGGGCUACUUCCUGGAGGGCCUGGGUGCCGUCUUCCCCCAUGAACCCUGGCUGCAACUAUGCCGGGAGAGGGGCAGCAAGUUCUGGAGCUGCAAGGCCAUCCACCGGGAGGUGCCUACUGUCCCUGAGACUGCAAAUGAGGACCAGGUCAUGCUUAUCUUCUAUGACCAGCGCAAGGUGUUACUGUCCCAGCUGCACCCACCUGCAGUCCUGAUGGACCACCAGGCCGGAGACGCUGCCACAGCCAGCACAGGUGGCAUGGCUGCUGUCUUUGACACGGUGGCACGUAGUGAGUUUCUUUUCCGCAGUGAUCGGUUUGAUGAAGGUCCUGUGCGGCUAAGCCACUGGCAGUCAGAGGGUGUGGAGGCCAGCAUCCUCGUGGAGCUGGCUCAGCGAGCCUCGGGGCCUGUCUGUCUGCUGCUGGCAUAUCUGCUGUCGCUGAUCUCAGCUGCCAGUACUUGCCGGCUGUUCAGGCUGUGGCCUCUGUCCUUCCUGGGGAGCAAGCUCUCUACCUGUGAGCAGCUCCGGCACCGGCUGGACCACCUCACACUAGUCUUCAGCGUGCAGAAGGCUGAGAACCCCGCCCAACUGAUGAGGAAGGCCAACAUGCUCGUCUCUGUGCUCCUGGACGUGGCCCUCGGCCUUGCACUGCUAUCCUGGCUCCAUGGGAAGAACCGAAUUGGGCAGCUGGCUGAUGCCCUGGUCCCUGUGGCUGAUCACGUGGCUGAGGAGCUCCAGCACCUGCUGCAAUGGCUGAUGGGUGCACCUGCUGGGCUCAAGAUGAACCGGGCACUGGACCAGGUGCUGGGCCGCUUUUUCCUGUACCACAUCCACCUAUGGAUCAGUUACAUCCACCUCAUGUCCCCUUUCAUCGAGCGCAUCCUGUGGCAUGUGGGCCUCUCAGCCUGCUUGGGCCUGACAGUCGCCUUGUCUAUCCUCUCGGACAUCAUUGCCCUCCUCACCUUCCACAUCUACUGCUUCUAUGUCUAUGGCGCCAGGCUGUACUGCCUGAAGAUCUGUGGACUAUCCUCACUCUGGCGUCUGUUUCGGGGGAAGAAGUGGAAUGUUCUGCGCCAGCGGGUGGAUUCUUGCUCGUAUGACCUGGACCAGCUGUUUAUUGGGACUCUGCUCUUCACCAUCCUCGUCUUCCUCCUGCCCACUACAGCCCUGUACUACCUGGUGUUCACCCUGCUCCGGCUCCUGGUGGUUGCUGUGCAGGGCCUGAUCCAUCUGCUGGUGGACCUCAUCAACUCCCUGCCACUAUACUCACUUGGACUCCGGCUCUGCCGGCCCUACAGGCUAUCUGCUGGUGUGAAGUUCCGUGUCCUAGAGUACCAGGCUGGCAGGCCUCUCCGACUCCUGAUGCAGAUAAACCCCUUGUCCUACAGCCGCGUGGUGCACACCUACCGCCUCCCCAGCUGUGGCUGCCACCCCAAGCACUCCUGGGGAUCCCUGUGCCGCAAGCUGUUCUUUGGGGAGCUCAUCUACCCCUGGAGGCAGAGAGGGGACAAACUGGACUGAGGGGCUCAGCAGCUGGCCCACCCAGUACUGCCACAUGGCCAUGGUCAGCCCUCUGAUAAGCUAGAGUGGCACUGACUGCCUACAUGGGUGAUGCUGUGGCCUGUAUCCAACUGGAUACCACUGCGUGCUCCUGAAUGUGGGCAGGCCCUGCUCUUGUCCCUGCCUCUAGUUCUCUGGGGCCUGCAUAGGCCCUGCCCGCAACACCUCCUCCCAACUCAUGGGGGUAGCAAGAUGCAGGGGGUGGCCAGCCAGGCCACCUGGCUAUGCUCUGUCACUAGUACCACCUACCUAGGGACCCACCUUCUGACUUGCUGUGGUCACCACAUCCCUUAGCCUGAUGCCCAGGAACUGCACCCCACCCUGUCCUUUAUGCCAGACUGUGAGAGGGACUGCCCACGGUGGUUCCUACAGUGGUGAGGUAUGCUGGCAGGUCUCCCUGGCUGCUUUCUCAUGGCUCCCCACCAUCAGGUGGGGGUGGCCCCCAAGCAAGCACUUCUGGGUCCCUAGUGCCUUCCACUUGCCUCAGCAGAUGGUGCCCCCUUCAGGAUUGAGGCAGCUGCUGAUGCCUAUCUGUAGCUCCAGCAAGCAAAGGCCCUCACACCUCCAUUUGCUGAUGCUCCAGCAGGUUGUGGGCGUCCCUUUGCCUGAUGCCAGGCCACAUGGUGGCCAGAGCUGCCUUGUUGGAAACCCCCUGCCCACCUGGCUGCCCACUUCCUGCAUGGUACCCCUGUGUGAACAGGCCAUUUGGCAAAAUCUUCCGUCUCCCCUCACUGGCUUCUCUUGGAAGGAGGAAGCCCUCUCCUGGGCAGAUAUUUCUGUGUCCCAAGGCUGUGAGUGGCUCCUAAGGAAGUGGUCUUGGUACUCGGGCCAUGUCUACCUGCCAGACUUGGCAUGACCUGGUGUGGGUGUUCCCAAGUGGGAGGGAAGCCUGAAGGUGCUGGAAGGGGGUGAAAACAUCUGUGCUGGAGGCGGGAGGCACAGCCCCAUCUGUUGAAGCACCCUGAACUGUCUGCUUCUGCCUGCCCACUGCCAGUGCUCUUUUGCUGGAGGCUAUAGUGACUUUUAGCGCCCAGCAGAGGGUGUUGGCAGGGAUGGGCCCUGACCCCAACUUUUCCUGCUGUGACAAUAAAACCUCCCAGUGUCAGA